UCUUUUGUUUUGGCUUCCUGUUCGCAUUCGCUCUGCUCCGACUUAGAAGCGGAUGGAUACAUCCACUCACCUCUUAACAAUUGAAAUUGGACACAUUGUCUGGACAGGACUAAUAGGAUUGUAUUGAUUAGAUUGGAAAAAUAAUAAGACCCCCAGAAAAUGGACAAACUCACAACAAUUAGUGCCACAUUGUUUAUGGCAGCCGAUGUCUUUGCAAUUGUAAGCUUGGCUAUGCCCGAUUGGAUAGUGACUGAAGAGGCGGGUGACAUACGUCUCGGCCUAAUGUGGACAUGCAUGACCCUCUAUAACCGUCCCCAGGUUUGUUAUACCCCCGAACUACAACCCGAAUGGCUUAUUGCUUUGGUUUGCAUUUUUAUUGGCUGCAUUUGUAUAACGACCACGGUUAUAUUGCUGGCUUCCAGUACUUGGGAUCGUAAUGUUAUACCCUAUGCCCGUUGGGUUGGAUUUACGGCAAUGGUUUUGUUUUGCCUUGCGGCAGUGGUAUUUCCAUUGGGCUUCCACAUUGAGGAAAUCGGUGGCCAGGCAUAUCAAUUGCCGAAUACCUAUAAAAUUGGUAUUUCAUAUAUCUUGUUUGUAUUGGCAUUGUGGAUUACGGUCGUAUCGGAGCUAUUUGCCGGUAAGGUGUGUCUGCCACAUUUUUAAGUCAACAACAAGAAGAAAAGGGAAAUGGAUUGGAAAGAGUAUUUAUUUGUGUUGCUCAAAACGGAAACUUCUAUGCUUGCAAUACAAAACAUUCCCCUUUAGUAGUUACGUCUCCAAAUUCCUUUCAAGCAUUUGAAUCUUAAGGCAUUGAACCGAUUUUGUUAUUGUAUUUUAUCACCAGUUUUGGCGAUGUAUAUUUUUUUGUUGUAUUUCUUUAUUUUUUUUUUAAAUAUUAGUUGUAACACUUCUCUAGAAUCUCCAUAUCUCUUACAGGCAUUUUUUGAAUAUGCUCAAUUUUAUAUAGGUGUAUCAACAGAUUUUUUGUAUAUAUCAUUUUUUAUGUGUAUUUUUAAAUGUAAGAUUUGUAAAUAUUACUUUUUUGCAUUUUCUAAUCGAACAUCUUUUUUAAGGUAUAAGCAACAAACAACAUUUACAUAAAUAAUUUAGUGGAAAAUCUAUCUCGAAUAAAUAUAAAUUUAGUGUUCUCUAUAAAUAUA